UUGCUUCACGUGAAGUUUGUGUAAUCGCGCAUAGGUAACUUGUAAACCCGUUCCCAGGUAGCUUAUUACCAUCAAUUUGUCAAAUGAAUUCGAAUACGCUUAAUCAGAAGUCAUUCAUACCAACACCACCGGAGAAGGGCAGUUUUCCACUUGAUCACGAAAGUAUUUGUAAAAAAUACUACCUCCUGUACAUGAAUUGUUUGCGCCGAAACAACGACAACAACUCGCAGUGUCGCCAAGAAGCUAAAGAAUACCUUGGUUGUCGCAUGCAAAACAAUUUGAUGGAGCAAACGCAGUGGUCCAAGCUGGGCUUUGAAGACGAGAGUAAAACAAAUACCAAGGACAAUAACAAAAACAAAUUGCAAUAA